UUCAACGAUAUACCCCCUAAAGCUUUUGUCUGAAAUAAUAGUUCUUUCUUGACCUUUCAUUAAGAUCUAAUAAUCGAAGUAUGAUAUACUCUUUCCGUGGUUAAAGCUCUAACCUUGGUGUUUAGAGAUUAGAUCUGCUUUUGUUCAAGGAAAUCCUGGAGUAUUUUUGGUCAUAGCAAAAGCUUCUGAUUGGUUCCCUCUCAGCACAUGGCGUCAGUUGUGCCUGGCUUUCCAAUUACCAACACAAAAUAGAAACGCUUCCAAUACGCCACCAAUACAUAUAUUGGUGUGGGCAAGAUGAUACUGACAGACUUUAGUUAGAGCUGAGGUAAGAGGGCAGCUCACCAUGCCGAGAUCUCUCCGCCGAUUGCAGAGCUUGGAAGAGGUAGAAGAAGAAAGAGAAUAUCUCUCUGCGUCCGAAGAAGAGCUCAUUGUGGAAUCACUUCCUGCGCGCAUACAAAAAGCCCUCGGUCGAGCAGGUAGCUGGCUAAAUCUUGAGCCAAAUAUAUUUGCACUGACGUCAAAUCGUACCAACCAGAUGACCAAGACACACAAUGAUUUGGAUGCAAUUCUUCAACUCCUCCAGGAGAAAGAGAAAGAUCUGGAGUUGGCUGCUAGUAUUGGGCAGUCGCUUUUGGAGAGGAACAAAAACCUAAUGCAGAAGACAGAGGCCAUGGAACAAUACUUAGAAAAAUCAUUUGACCAGGAGGAUCAACUUCGUCAUGAGAUUGUGAUGAAAAAUGAGCUGUUGCAGAAGUUUUUGAAAGACCAGGAAGAUCUCUACUAUGAUGGCAGUCAUACAGAUGAUGAGCAGAGAAGCUCUGAUGGUUCUUGCAAAGACGACUCCAUCACAAAUCUUCGCGAAAAGUGCAAGCUCCUUGAGCAACAUAAUUCUCAUCUCAUUCUUGAGGCUCUAAAGAUCAAAGAAGAUACAGCCUCUGAAGAGCAAAAGGAAAGACAACUUGUUGCAGAUUGUGUCCGACAAAUGAUGGAGGCCAAGGAUCACAUCACUUCCCUCACUGAUGAGAUUUCCAAGAAAGCUGAGGACAAUGUUCGUCAGCAGGAAGAGAUUUCUCAGCUGAUUAACACUGUGGUAGAUCUGCAGAACCGCCAUAAACAAUUGCACCUGGAUAAUGAGGAGUUACAAGCUCUGCUAAACCUCUCCCAAGCCAGUCAAGAUGAUCUUCAAGCCAAGGUUGCUGAUUUACAGCAAAAGUACGAGGAAUGCUUUGAGAUUCUCAUGGAAAAUCAACAAGAGAUGAAAACCAUUAAUAAGAAAAUAGAAACUCAACCUCCAACCCCAGCAGAAGAAGGUGCUAUGGGCGGGCAUCAUGAUUCUAAAGGCUCCAUUGCACUCGAAAUCGAAGAAAGUGUAAAGCGUGACUUGGCCCAUAUCCACGAGAAGAGGAUGAACCUCGCACGUGUGCUGCAAACCGUCCGCAACAUCAACACACCGAGAAAUAGAAAGCCAAAGAAAGCCCCGUCCGUACAGCCACGGCUAGUUCAGAAGGGGGAUGGUUUCACCCCGCCCCCAAGCCUCCCUACUGCUGCUUCAGAUCAAUCGCUGAGCUCAUCCGAUGAGGCAGCCUUGGAUUCACGGCACUCGUAUGCCAGGCGUUCAUUUAGAAAACCAGAAAAACUACAGAUCGUGAAGCCCAUGAAAGGUUCCGUGACGUUACAUCAGUGGAAGAAGCUGGCAUCACCCACCAUGAGUCUCGAGGAGACCAGGCCUGGCGUACACGUGAAGGGUGCCAUCCAAGGAGCUCUUCAGGGCGAGAAGCAGUCUGGUGAACACACUUACGACGACACAGACGACGAAGAUGCUCCGAUCACGUUACGCGCCGACCGCAUGGAGACAUCCACUCCGAACGCAACAAGAUCAACCGAGACGCCGUCACCAGAGACAUCUGGAAGCCCACGACUCGAGCCGCCUCGCACGCUCGCACUCUCCUCCAUUGUCAGCGAGAAGGGAUUCAGUGCUAAGGAGUCCACUACAGCGAGUAUCCUAGCACAGUUACUCAGCUCGCCGUCUUCUUCCGCCCCAGAGAAAUCCUCCGUCGGCCAAGUCCUUGCUAGCGUCCUCCAGAAGGCAAGCGAGGAGGCUUCCACCAAGGAGCCUAAGCGCGCCGAGUCUUUACGAAGCCUGGCCAAUUACUUUAGCGAGAAAGAGCGCAUGGUCAUGCCAACUGAACGCACCAUCCCUGAAGACGAUAGCCCUCCUGUCAGUCCCCCUGUCCUGCCUCUACCCUCCACCGGAAUUACCGGCAGCAUCUUUAGUAGAAUCUUAGGCUCGAGUAGCAUAAGUAUGAGCCUGCCGCCCGCAAGACCAGUUACCACAACUGCCAGUUCUACUCCCAAUGUGCUUACCACUUCGUCGCCAUUGCUGCCCCGGGCGGGGUUCGGCCGCACUGCCAGUGGUACUAACUUGAAGGGUCUUGCAGAGAGUUUGUCUUUCCCUGAUGAAGAAAAGCGCCGCAGCCUUGAUGUAUCAGGCCUUCAUUUUCCUUCGGGUACGUCUGGGCUUUAUACAGAAGGGCCUACAGCGAGAGUGCCUGCGUUGCGGCGGAGAGCAAGUAGUGGAGAUCUUGAAAAGAUGGGCUCCAGUAGCGGCGACCAGCUGUCGAGCCCAGGAGCUUUCGGCGGACGACUUUCCCGUGGCUCCAGCAGCGGAAACCUUCAGGAUCUGUCCAGCUCCUCUCCAGACAGCAGUCCAAAUGCUGAUGUCGGAUUUUUCGGUCGGCUUAAGCGAAGGCCUAGUCUUGGAAGUCUAACAGAUAUAAUCCAGAAAUCAAGCAUCAGUGCUAUGCCGAUAUCCGGUCCGCCCCGAGUGCAGCGGGCAUCAAGUAUAGAUUCCGCCGCAGUGUUCCAACCGAGCCAGCGAUCGCAGUCACCUACAAGGCUGGAGCCUGGUUUCGGGUCUUCCGAUUCCGCUCAGAUCCCAGCUCCGUCGACUUCUUCGGGUUUCUUCUCCGGUUCCCGACUAAGCUCUCUUGCCGGAGUGCGCGGGAUGUGGUCUCGAGGGGAAGCGAGCUCGUUACCCGGUGCAGCUCCUGCCCAUGCACCGUUUGGAGCCACACGAUCAGAAGAUAGACUAGAGAAGAUUAAUAAAGCAUUUGCACUUGAGGACUUCGGGGGUAUGGGAUUAAUGUCGUUCUUUGGGGGCAAAACGCAGAAUUCUAGUCCACCUAAAUGAUCCUUUCCUAAGGAUAACUGAGGUUUUAUUUGUAAAAUUGAUAUAAAUAUUCACAUCAGUUUUUAAAAUGUAAACUGUGUAGAUAGUGAUUGUUUCGCUUGCCAAGAUAGUCACGAAUUCGCCUCUCUGUCACACAAGUUUCCAUUGUGGCAACUGCCGCAAUGGUGUUCGGUAGUGGAGUACUUCUAAUUAUUAUUAAAAUUUUUAAGUCCCUUUUGUAAAGAAUUUGUAGGCGGUAAUCGUCGCAAUGGUCAGGUUUAUACUAGGAAAUUAAUAUGUAUUUUUUUCUAUGUUCAUAUUAUUUAUUGUAAUGAUGGUUGCCAAAAAUAAAGGAUAAGAAGUUAUAAAUAAAAAAGGUUUUACCGUGGAUAUCAAUGUAGAUAGGCUAUAAAAUAAACGGGAUUCCAUUAUUCGGUAAUAUCGAGUAAAGAUUAUUUUCAUAAAAUUACUUUAUUAUGGUGUUAUAUGUUGACCUGUUUAUGUGGGAUAGUUUGAGAGAUUAUACCAUCCUGCAUUAUUUAUUUUUUUGUUAAAAGAUUUAAAACGGCGAUAAAGAUAAAUAAAGGUGAUAUGCGUGUA